GUCGUUCGAUCGCUUCGCAGCUUCACAAGCUACACUCAUACUCCUCCGUCACUCUCCNCUUCGUCGCAAACCGACUCCAACCCCGUUCCUCCCGAGCAACGUCGCCAUCCUCGUCGUAGCCAGGGCAAUGUACUACAAAAACCUCCAACUCUUGUACGCCAAGAAGAGCGCAAGGCCACUUUCGUCGAUGGUCUUGUCGACUCUGCCGCCCAAAUGGUAGAAGUCGUUUGGCCUCUGUCGGUCGCCCCUUGCAAGCCUCAAGCCGGUGGUGUCUUGUCCCUGCGCAGGUAUAUCGAGGAGACACUUCGCAGAUCCAGAACAAGUUACUCUACCUUGCAGGUGGCUUUGUACUAUCUUGUCCUGAUCAUGCCUUGUGUCCCCAAGUCUGAUUUUACCAUGCAGCAGUCGGUCGAUUCGCCGUCAGUUCGUGCCCUGCAAUGCGGCCGUCGCAUGUUCCUUGCCGCUCUGAUCCUCGCGUCCAAGUACUUGCAGGAUCGUAACUAUUCUGCCAAGGCAUGGAGCAAGAUGUCGGGACUCAAGGUCGCUGAGAUCAACACCAACGAACGUGCCUUCCUUGAGGCCGUCAACUGGAAGCUCCAUCUCCCAGAACCUCUAUUCAAGCGUUGGACUGAAGUUGUCUUGCGCUACACUCCUGGCCAGGCCNCUCCACCAACUGGACAGAGCAAAGGCAAUGAUUCUUCUGACGAAGAGGAACCUUUGACCUGGAAGGACAUUAUCCCCCAGCUUACUCCAGACCUAGAGCUGGUUGCACCGACUGCAUCAGAGGCUGUUGAUCGCGAGCGAUCAGAGUCGCCAGUCUCAACAUAUACCACGUUGCCAUCAUAUCUCGAGCCCCAGCCAGAAGUCAGACCCCCAACCCCUAUCCUGGGCGUCAGCUAUCUUCCCACUCCUCGUUCUACGCCUCCACCUGCCCUAGCUCCUGCAGUGAGCAUCGGCAGUGUUGAGAUGUGCAACGUGAUUGGCAAGUUCAGCCGUCGUUCAUCAUUCGGCAGCCAGGUCUCUUCUGUGCCCAGCCCUGCCUCGAUGUUGUCCGAGGGAUCACGUUUGUCGCCUGCAUCGUCAGUGACAUCAGUGGGAUCCUACACCUCAUACACCCAGGACCGCACAGUCAAGCUUCCCGCAGCGGAAUCAAAUACUGCUUUUUCAACAUUGCAGCCACAAUUAACCGCGUAUGACGCUCAGCCUCAGGCCAGCCGAGCGGUCAAACGCAGCUUUGAGCAUGUUUCUGGCUCGGAGGAGGAGGAACGACGAGGACCUCUUCAGAUGACCACAUGCUCGUUGCUCAACAAGCACGAGGGAACCAAGGCAUUGCCAAUUGUUCUUGACGAUGAGGACUGCGCCAGCAACAGCGUGGCAGCAGAAGUCGCAAGUCUACAAGCAAAGACCUGGACCACAUAUAAUAAUACCACUUCCACGGGAGAGGCAAGGAAGUGUCGGCGGGUGGCAUAUGGCCGUGAGGAGCCAUGGACUGACCGGGCUCUCGAUUACGGCGCAUUAGUCGUAAAC